AUGUUAUCAAAGGUACAGAGUGAGUUCACAUGUUAUCAAAGAAAUACAUUUACUUUACUCCAACAAGAGCAGACUUUCUGUGACUCCUGUGACACCUGUGACACCUGUGACUGCUGUGACACCUGCGACUCCUGUGACUCCUGUGACUGCUGUGACUCCUGUGACUCCUGUGACUCCUGUGACUCCUGUGACACCUGUGACUCCUGUGACACCUGUGACUCCUGUGACACCUGUGAUACCUGUGACUCCUGUGACACCUGUGACACCUGUGACUCCUGUGACUCCUGUGACUCAUGUGACACCUGUGACUCCUGUGACUCCUGUGACACCUGUGACACCUGUGACUCCUGUGACACCUGUGACUCCUGUGACUCCUGUGACUCCUGUGACACCUGUGACUCCUGUGACACCUGUGACACCUGUGACUCCUGUGACACCUGUGACUCCUGUGACUCCUGUGACACCUGUGACUCCUGUGACUCCUGUGACUCCUGUGACACCUGUGACUCCUGUGACUCCUGUGACUCCUGUGAUACCUGUGAUUCCUGUGACUCCUGUGACUCCUGUGACACCUGUGACACCUGUGACUCCUGUGACUCCUGUGACUCCUGUGACACCUGUGACUCCUGUGACUCCUGUGACUCCUGUGACACCUGUGACUCCUGUGACACCUGUGACUCCUGUGACACCUGUGAUACCUGUGACUCCUGUGACACCUGUGACACCUGUGACUCCUGUGACUCCUGUGACUCAUGUGACACCUGUGACUCCUGUGACUCCUGUGACACCUGUGACACCUGUGACUCCUGUGACACCUGUGACUCCUGUGACUCCUGUGACUCCUGUGACUCCUGUGACACCUGUGACUCCUGUGACACCUGUGACUCCUGUGACACCUGUGACUCCUGUGACUCCUGUGACACCUGUGACUCCUGUGACUCCUGCGACUCCUGUGACUCCUGCGACUCCUGCUGUGACUCCGGCCCACAUUCUGGAGAGGGCAAAGCCAUUGCUCACUGGGCUUUAGUUCUGGAGAGUUCUGUUCAAAAGGGUCAGAUGAAGGUAGAGUCCAGGCGGGUCCAGGUGGGUCCAGGUGGGUCAGAUGAAGGUAGAGUCCAGGCGGGUCAGGUGAAGGUAGAGUCCAGGCGGGUCAGGUGA